AACACCUGGUACAGAGCCUUCCUGGUUCCACUUCUGUUUUCCUUCUCCUCCCCUCCCUUCUUGCCUAUAAAAUACAACAUAGAACGAGUUUGGCGACAGCAGCAUUCAGUUUCUCUGUAUACAAAGAAGUUUCGGUCGAAGUAGCUGAGUGCGUUUAGCUGGGUACAUAGUGGAAGGAAGACAAUGGACGUCACAGGUGUGCCUGCAGUAGGACCGAGCAAGCGGACAGCAGAGAUCACCAAAGAUGCCUAGCAGGGAAUCUUAUCUAGGCAGGCCAACCUAGAAGGUGAAACUUCUUCUGGUUCUCAGGCUUGAUUGCUUGGUCAGCAGCAUGCGGACUCCAACCCCGAUGAUUGUGGGCAUUGUGCUUGGUCCCUGUGGCCUUGUUUUGAAUCUGACAAGCACGCUGGCCCCCAGCUGGAGAGAUGUGACUGGAUUCCUUGACAAGCCAAGAGAUCAGAUUCAGCAUCAAGGGAUCUGGGAUAUUUGCAACGAGCAGAUAAGCGACCACACAAACGAAUGCAACGUCAAGGACAACUUGGGUUACUUUAACCAGCUGCCAGUGCAAGUGGCCAGAGGGCUCAUGCCCUCUUCUCUGGCAGUCACAGUCGUGGGGCUGGUUGUGACUUCCUUGGGUGUGCGAUGUUGGCAGGAAAUGCCCCACUAUUUGCUUGCAGGGCUAGGCGGCCUGGUGCUCUUUGUUUCCGGCUUGCUGAGUUUGAUUGCAGUUUCAUGGUACAAUUACGAAUUGUAUGACUUACCUUCUCCUCCAUCCACUGCCAUACGGGUGGCCUAUUGCUUGGUUCUUGGAUACUUAGGGAGCUGCCUGGAAAUUAUCGGAGGCAUCUCUCUGACUUUCAGCUUUGGCCAAUGCUGCAAAGAGUUGAGGUUGAAGAAAAGCACCAGGAAUUCCAGGUAUGCAACCCGCAACCAGCAGAGUCUGUCAAAUGUUGGAGCUAUCUCUGCCCCCAUCAGCAGCACAGCAGUUCCCAGACAAUCCCGGAAUCCCAUGCCCAGAUCCUACAGUAAUUCUCUGGAUGUGCUAGAAGGGGAGAGGAGGACCUGGAGUAAGAGCAGGAAUGAGAGCAAACUUCCCUGUGACACAGAUGUUUAGCCCUAAACUUGAGAAUUCGCACAAAGCCAAAGAAGGAGGAAAAUUCUGGGUGUUGUACUAUGAAAUGUCAAUCCAGGAAAGUCCUCUUACCAAUUUAACAUUUCUCCUUCCCUCUUGACAAAUGAAUCUAUGAAAGAACCACUGAGACUCUGGAGCAGUCCGUGAUUUAUGUAUUUUCUCAGGAUGCUGGUUUACUGCUUAGGCAACAUAUAUUAUAGUCACUGCACACAGAAAAGGUAUAAAUAGAAUGAAUUGUGCCCUUGAAUCGUGCCUGUAUUAUUAGAGUUUGGAGAUGAAGUGGGCUAAGGAUCCUCUCAAAUGAGCCACCUGGUUAGUAAAUAAAAGCAGGAUUUAAAAAAAAUAAUAUUGUAAAUUGUUGUAAAAGGUCUAAACAGAAAUUUAAACUGCAAGCAAUACACACUGAACUGAGCAGAAACCUCUUAUGCUCAAAAACUUACUGCUGACUAGCCAUGCAUAGGAUUGUCCUGCUGGGUAUUAAAAACUGCUUUUACAGCAGUGUUACUAAGAGCUCUUAAGCGUUUGCUUUUUUUUUACUGUCAGAUGAAAAGCUGAAGGGAGCCUUAGCAGAGAUUCCAUGUAACUUUUCAUACAAAGCUAUAAUCCUCUUCCUUAAUUAUCCAGACAUGGAGGGAAACUUGCAGGGGAAAUGUAGCCACAUUUGUUCGAAUGUGUAUACAUUCAUGUAAAGAAGGGCAAUCACAGUCAAUUGCACGGAGAAGUUUAUAUACUGUAUGUAGAUAUACUUGAAUGCAGAUAAUUUGCUCUUAAGACUUUCUGCUAAGGCUGUGCCAAAACAUGCCUUGCAAUUUAUCAAGAGGGUGUCCCCCACCCGCCUCAAAGAGAGGUUUCAAUUUUUUUCAUAUUUCAGGUAGUUGGAAAGUUCUUUCUUGAUGGUGCUUUGAGCCUGCUUUAUUGCCCAGCCAACAGAGUUUGGGGAAAUCUCCUUUUUUAAUUUUUUUAGAAGUCUCUCCACCCUCCCCAAUGUAAAAAAAAAAAAGCCCAAGGGAAGGGGCUCCUUCAUAAUGCUUUAUUCUGGGAUUCAGUGUGAGAAUCAGCAGUGUACAGUCUGCUCCUGAGAAGAUGGAAUAGUAAAGGAUAACACAGCUGCCCGUUCCUUUGCCACCUCUUCACUAAAAGAAGUGCAAGGGUAUCCCGUUCCACCAUGACAAUUUCAUCUCUUUCCUUUUCAAUAACAUUUGGAAAGCAAUUCCCUUACCCCAGGUUGAAUGAAAACUAAUAGUUGGAAACAUUCCCGAGAGCUUUUCAGCACAGUCUUACGUUCUGCUGUAUGUGCAACAUUUAGAAUAGAAUAACGGGGCCAUUCCCUUGAGCUGAGCUCAACUCUUGAUAACUUCAUGAACAUGUGAUUUCCUUGACUGAAAGGCAGGUGGGUUGUGAUUGUCUUCUUUAGGAGUGUGUGUGUGUUUCAUUUUCCCAAUCUAAAUUGUACUCUUGAGAUUUCUUGGUGAUCUCUCAUUCUAAUUCUAAUCAAAUCCAAUUUUGCAUAAGCUUCUUGAGAUCAGCCAGGUUCAGCUAGGGGCUACUACCUGGUAUGGUCCACUUCUGAUAGGUUUUGAAUUACUCAGUGUUCUUCGGCCCAUGGCCAGGAUGCUUCUAGAAUCUAGAUUGUCUCCUCCACAGGGGUUAUUCCAUUUUUCUUCAGAUAUUGUGCCUGCAGUGUUAAAAUGAAUUUGGUCAGUGUCUAUUGCCUUGAUGGGAAAAGCAGUUAAAUUACUGCUUGCCUUCCUGUUUUCUGUUUAUGACAAGGAAAAAUAUUAUUUUAAUAAGGAAUGUAAUGAGGGACAAUAUCACAGAUUGUCCUGCCACACCAAACAAACCAUGCUAAAAUAUUUACAUUUACAAAUGAGUAGCUUCUAAUUAAAGGCACAGGAACCCAUCAUUGGGGGAAAAAAUAUAACAACCACCUCCUACAACAUUAUGCCACAAAUUAAGGUCUGAACACCCAAAAGACAAACAAACAUUGAAAUGGAAUCAUUGUGUAAUGAUACAGUUUGGAUUACGUGAACAGUAAUGGUGAUUUCUGAAAAACGUUUGAAUGAAUAGAGUUAUUUCUGCAAAGUAUUAGGCAAUUUAUUUCUGCUGUAGGAUUAUUUCAGUUUGGGGUUUUUGCCCAUAAUAAAGCUAAGAAUUUGGAAGAAUGCUGGCUUACUAAAAUGUUAGUAAAAUGUUAGUUACUAAAAUGUUCUGCAGAGUAAGUUACCAAUGAAGCAUUUUCAAGAUUUAUGUAAAUACCAACUUGUAUUAAUUUUUAAUCUGUUCAUGCAAUGGGCAACUUUCGGCAAUAGUAUACUAAAAUACAGUGAGCUAAAAGAUUUGGUAGAUAUGAAUGAAAUGCUGCUGAAGGUAUUAUAUUUUUUUCCCUGAAACUGAAAUCCAAGUAUAAUAAUAACCACCUCUAAAAUCAAGGGCAGCUAAAUUAUGCAGCGUAUGGACUGCAUUUGACAGAGUGGCCAUAUUUAUACACGUAGCCCUUAAAUCUUGUAAAUUUCUUUCCUUAUUGAUUCUUUUACUUGUAUUUUUAUGUUUUGUGUUUGGUCUGAAAAAAUUAUUUCUCCUUAAUUUUUUAAGGAGACAGGCUUCUUUUUGGCCUACAGAUCUGGUGUUUAAUUUUAUUGGGUUUUUAGUCUUUCAUUAUUAAAAUAUGUUUCUGAACUAAAUUUAAACCAUUUCGCAAUGUAUUUACAUCUUAACAAUAAUGGAGUCAACAAACAUAGGAUCUUGGGGUAUGCCAUGUCUGUCUUUACCAUUUGUUUUAAAUACUUGCUUAACUAACCAGCCUAUCAGAAGUUUGAUUAAUCCCUGCUGAAUUUGGAGCUGUGAGUCUUUUUCAAAACUGAAAUUUCGAAAAGUGAUUUUUGAGUGGUAUGGGAGGGGUUCCACUCCCUCGGUAAUGUAAUUUCAUUUUGUUUACAUUUAAAUGUAAUUAAAAUUCAGUAGUUUUAAACUGAUUAUUCUUCACUUGCGUACAUACU